AUGAAGCGCUUCUUUACGGCACUUUCCCUGCUGCUCAUUUUGUUGGCGAAAAGAAGCAGAUGCAGCCAAGGUUCUUUCCUAGAUGGUGAAUACCCAAUUUUCAUUAGCAACAUACUGAUAAACAAUGUCUCAUUUACGUUUCAUAGAGAUCGAUAUCAUUACGAAUUAGAAGCGAGUGAACAUCUGACCGAAAUUACCCUAAGUCCACUAUUAAACAUUUGGGAAAAUUACAUAUAUAAAAAGGUAUCCCCAGAAGACGAACUCUUUUUUAAUGAACACACAUCGGAGUACUUAGAUAAUGAACAAAGUGUCGCCAUGGAAGAGUUGUACCUAAAAACAUAUCACAUUUAUGUUAACAAGAAAAAGGUGUAUUUGACUGAUUUACCUUACAGGAUCCACUUCUCAGGUGGGGGACAAAAGGAACUAGCCAUUUGGUAUGAAAGCCAAAAGACAUAUAAAAUUAAAAUAAAAAAUAAUAACGAACAUUCCAAUUUCUACCUAAACGAUGUCAAUCUAAGUAGUCAUCCAUCCUCUACAAGUUUAUUACUUGACAAAGAAUUCAAAAGUUACAUUUAUUUUUAUAGUACCAAUGUUGCUCACAAUGUUGAAGGGCUAAACAUUCAGGCGAGCUGCCGUAACAGUCAAAUGUACAUAAACAAUAAUUUACUUAAAAAAGACGCCUUUUUUUUUCCCUUGAAUCAGAACACUUAUAACAACGUUUUGGUGAUAGAGUGUAGGCAGCAAAGGCUACUCGAAAAAGAGCAACUCGUCGGAAAAAAAAAAAAUACCAUUUCGGAAAAUUUUAUCAAACGGAAGUUUCAAGAAAGCGUACUGCAUAGCAGACAAAAGGGGGAAAAAAAAAGUGGCUCCUUAGACCAAGUGAUGGGGAACUACCACAAACUGGUUGGUAAUCCAAGUUCGCUAAAAAAAGACGAUAAAAAUAUAUCUACGUAUCAAUCCGACUGGCGCAAAAGGUUAACGACCCUUAUGGAUGAGUCAAAUUAUAAUCCGCUUGAAAAAAAAAAAAAUAUGAUUAAAAAAAUUUUCAGAAAAUUCUACUUUUUUAAUAUCUAUUAUCAUGUCCAUAUAGAUGUUCCAAAUUAUAUAUACAACCUAUCGGAUGGAAAUGUGUGCCCUUUUGAUCCAAGAGAGGGUGUGCAGCCCAUUGGGGAAUACCUCUGCGGUAACUUUCACAAAAACAUGUCCUUCUACGCAGAUGUGAGUAACAAAUUAUUUUCCUUCAUAAAGGUAGACAGCCAAAAAACGACACACAGAUUUAUUGACAAAGUUUUAAAUGCACCUAUACACCACUCAGAAAAUGUAUAUCUCUUUCUAGAAACGUAUUACGAUAAGAAGGUCUUAAAAAUUAAGUUUAAAAAGGGGACCUCCUUCUUUUCCUUUUUAAUGCUGCUGAUCCUAGCUCUGGUGGCUAUUUUCGCAUGUGUUUUGGCCCUCUUUUGGCGCAAAAUUUGUCACUGUGCAAAGGGAAGGAAUCACGCAGGCUGA